GCUCGCCCCUGUGCGCUGGUGUCUUCUGAUGCCUUCGGUCCGGGCUUCCCCGUCAUGGCUCUGAUCUCCUUUGCCGUCCCCUCAACACCCUGCCUGGGACACGCAGCCUCUCCCUCGGAAGCAGGGAUGCUCGCUUUCCUGCUGGCAGGCUGUGCCAGCCACGUGCUGUCACCUCGGAGUGUUUUCCAGCCGCGUGUCCCUGCCUCGCUGGGUCAUUGAGCUCUCCGUAGUCUGUGAAACCCCCCCUGCUUCAGCGGGAUCCUUCGUCUCGGCUGACUCUUUGGCUUCCUGGUCUUUGCCCACCCUGUUCCUCGACCACAUCUGUUCAGACCUUGCUCUUGACAAAUCUUGCCCCCUCGGAGGCUUCGAGAAGAGCAGCCAGCGUCGCGUGGAGGUGCAGCAGAGCUUGUCCCUGUUCGGGAGGAUACGGGCUGCGGCAGGAUCGGCUCGGGAGCCAUGGGCCGUCGGCUCCUCCGCGGUGUCUCUGGAGCUGCAGUCGUCCUUGCCAGCGUGGCCCUCCUCUCCAUGCGGCACCGUGGGGCUCGGGAAGCGGCAAAGUACCCAGGGAUCGGGGAGGGGAUGUUGGAGAAGCCAGAGCGACAGAGCCGAGGGGGCCCAGAGGGAGCUGGUGGCAGGGAGCAGAAGGACCUCAGAGUCCAUCCUCCGGAGGGAUACAGGAGCGAGGGAAGCCUGACGCUUGGGGACAUUUUCAUAGCUGUGAAGACAACCAAGAGGUUUCACCAGAGCAGGAUGGAGCUGCUCCUGGACACGUGGAUAUCCCAGGCCAGUGAGCAGACCUACAUCUUCACUGAUGAAGAAGAUGAUGCCUUGAAAAGGAGAUUGGGUGGCCAUGUGAUCUUCACCAACUGCUCUGCCGAGCACAGCCACCUGGCCCUGUCCUGCAAGAUGGCUGCAGAGUUCGAUGCCUUCCUGGCCAGCGGCCUGAGCUGGUUUUGCCACUUGGAUGAUGACAACUACCUGAACCCUGUUGCACUCCUGAAGCUCUUGUCCUCCUAUGCGGAGACACAGGAUGUUUACCUGGGCAAACCCAGCCUGAACCGACCCAUCUGGGCCUCUGAAACGCUGCCAAACAACCAGACGAAAUCCGUGCGCUUCUGGUUUGCCACGGGAGGGGCUGGGUUCUGCAUCAGCCACAAGCUGGCAAGGAAGAUGGUGCCCUGGGCCAGUGGCAGGAACUUCCUGAGCACUUCGGAGCUCAUCCGCCUGCCGGAUGACUGCACUGUGGGUUACAUCAUUGAGUGCAAAGUCGGUGCGCAGCUGAUUCCCAAUGCACUCUUCCAUUCCCACCUGGAGAACCUGCAGCUCAUCCCCACCUCUCAGCUCAUGCAGCAGGUCACCCUCAGCUAUGGAGUGUUUGAGAACAAACUCAAUGUCAUUGAGCUCAGCGGCCCCUUCUCGCCCCAGGAGGAUCCUUCAAGGUUUCGAUCCCUCCACUGCCACCUCUAUCCCAACACCUCCUGGUGCCUGCAGGCUGUUGGCUGGUGAUGCCUG